CUGAUGCUGAUGUCCAUGGAGCAAGUGAUCUGGCUGAGGGGAGGCCAAUCUCUCUCAGAGGUGAGGUGCCUCUCUCAUGGUCUCUUUCAGGCCAAAGAAGCAGAUGCUGUGACCCUUGAAGCAGGAGAGAUAUUUGAUGCAAGCCUGGCCCCCUACAACCUGAAGCCCAUCGCGGCAGAAUUCUAUGAAUCAGAAGAGGACCCACAAACCCAACAUUAUAUUGUUGCCGUGGUGAAGAAGGGCAGCCACUUCCAGCUGAACCAGCUUCGAGGCAAGAAGUCCUGCCUCCCGGGCCUGGGAUGGUCUUCUGGGUGGAUCAGCCCCUUGGGGACUCUACUCCCGUCUGACUUUGGAGAAGAAGCAGUGUCCAAGUUCCUCUCCAGCAGCUGCGUCCCCUGUGCGGAUGGGCGCAAGUUCCCCAGCCUGUGUCAAUUGUGCAAGGGGACAGGGGCAGACAAGUGUGCCUGCUCCCCCCAGGAACCAUAUUUCGGCUACUCGGGUGCCUUCCGGUGUCUACAAGAUGGCAUGGGGGAUGUGGGUUUCAUGAGGCACAUGACUGUGUUUGAGAACUUGCCAGAUCCAGCUGACAGGAACCAAUAUGAGCUGCUGUGCAAAGACAACACCCGGAAGCCAGUGGACCAGUACAAGGACUGCUACCUGGCCCGGGUGCCUUCCCAUGCGGUGGUGGUCCGCAGUGUGGACAGCAAAGAGAACGAGAUCUGGGAGCUUCUCAACUAUAUCCAGGCACGUGUGAGAAGAGAAGCCAGGUCUGUACCAUUCCAGUUUUUUGGCUCCCCUCAUGGGAGAGACCUACUGUUCACAGACGCCACCCUCGGGCUCUCCAGAGUCCCCCAGAAGAUGGAUGCUGCAAUGUACCUGGGAUCCAAGUAUUUUUCAGCCAUGCAGCGUUUGCAAGAUGAUGCAUCAGGUCUUAACAGGACAGUGGGGCCAGGUGUGGACAAAUUGCAGAGGGUGCUGUGGUGCUCAGUGGGCAGCCAGGAGAAGGCCAAGUGUGAUAACUGGAGUGCUGUGAGCGGUGGCAUUCUGCAGUGUGCCACACAGGCCACCACAGAGGACUGCCUGGCUGCCAUCAUGACAGGAAGAGCUGAUGCUAUGAGUGUGGAUGGAGGAUUUGUCUACACAGCGGACAAGUGUGGUUUGGUGCCUGUCCUGGCAGAGAAAGACAAUCCUGAAGGUGGGAGUGAGCAGCUGGGGUCUAAGUGUGUAGACACACCUGUGAAAGGUUACCACAUUGUGGCUGUGGUUAAGACAUCAGAUGCUGACCUCACCUGGAACUCUCUUCGUGGCAAGAAAUCCUGCCACUCCGCCGUGGGUACUGCUGCUGGCUGGGAAAUCCCUGUGGCCCUAAUCCACAACCAGACAGGGUCCUGUAAACUUGAUGAGUUCUUCAGCCAGAGCUGUGCCCCAGGCUCGGAUCCAGACUCCAGACUCUGUGCCCUGUGCGCCGGUGGCAGUGAGCCGGGCCACGUGUGUGUCCCCAGCAGCCGUGAGAGGUAUUAUGGCUCCAGCGGGGCACUCAGGUGUCUGGUGGAGAAGGGAGAUGUGGCCUUUAUGAAGCACUCUGCCAUCUUGCAGAACACUAAGGGAAGGAACUCAGAAGCCUGGGCCAACGAUCUUGAGCCAGAAGACUUCCAGCUGCUGUGCCUUGAUGGUACCAGGAAGCCUGUGACUGAGCCUCAGAACUGCCACCUGGCCAGAGUCCCAAAUCGAGCCGUGGUCUCUCGGAAAGAUAAGGCUGAAUUCGUUCGCAGAAUGCUCUUUAACCAACAGGAGCUGUUUGGAAGAAAUGGGUUUGAGUACAUGAUGUUCCAGCUGUUCAGAUCUUCGGGGGGGAAGGACCUUCUCUUCAGUGAUGACACAGAGUGUCUGGCUAACCUUCAGGACAAGAAAACAGCUCAGAAAUACUUAGGGCCAGAGUAUCUCAUGGCUACCACUGAUGCAAGAAAGUGCUUCACCUCUAAACUUCUGGAUGCCUGCACAUUCCACAAAAAUUGAGAGUCUGCAAAUAUGAUGGGUCUACUCCCUCAGUUGUUGGUGUACAAGUAUUAUCACAACUUCUUAUCUCUAUAAUCACAUGCUGUAAUUGAUGCAAAAUUGAAUAAAAAUUACUGUCUGUCUUCUCAGAA